CAGGCGACCGUUUCACUAACGUAUCGUAGAUCGUAAACGUAGACGUAAACGUUAACGUAGCACGUAAGUGCGUUUCACUAAGAGUUGCGAGUUGCGAGUUACGAUGGAAGUUGCUCUUAAGUCUACGAGCAGUCAGGGGCACUCUUAAAUUGAUUUACGUGCACGUAAACAAAUGAAAAUGGCCGCCGUGUUUUUAUUAGGCCUAGCAGACGACGAACAGAGACAACUAAUAAGAAGAGAACGUGUUUUUCGAGACAGAACAAACCCCUUAGACUUUUUGAAUGACACGGAGGUGAUCGAGCGGUAUCGUCUACCACGGGAAUUUCUUUUCCGCCUCAUAGAUAUUGUCAGGGAGGACAUUGAGCCGGACACUCACAGGAGCCAUGCACUGUCAGCUUGCACACAGGUUCUAGUGACUGUGAGGUAUCUUGCAAAGGCGUCAUUUUUCUCCGAGUGUGGCGAUUUACACCGCAUUUCUAGGGCCAGUGUUUCCAGAGCUGUUGAUGCCGUAACAAAGUCGAUUUGUCAUAGACUUGACAACAUCCACUUCCCAACAGAGGAGGAAGCAAAUCGUGUUAAACAUGAUUUUUACCAAAUAGCUGGAUUCCCCAAUGUCCUUGGUGCCAUUGAUGGGACUCUCAUUCCCAUUAUGGCACCAAAGGUGAAUGAGCCAGAGUAUGUGUGUAGAAAGGGAUAUCACGCUAUGAAUAUCCAAGUUGUUGCAGAUGCAUGGCUAAGAUUUACCAAUGUUGUGGCCAAAUGGCCAGGAUCAGUUCAUGACGCCUUCAUGUUUGAAAAUUCAUCACUCAAGGCCAAAAUUGAAGCUAGAACUGAUGGUUGGCUACUGGGGGAUUCUGCCUAUGGACUGAAAAAGUACAUGAUGACCCCAAAACUGAACCCCUCGACUCCAGCCGAGGAAAAUUACAAUGAGGCCCAUAGUAAAACACGGGUGGUCGUUGAAAGAGCCUUAGGUGUUUGCAAGUCUCGCUUCAGGUGCCUACAUAAGUCAGGCGGCAUGUUACUAUUUUCCCCUGGCAAAUGUGUGCAGAUCAUUACUGCAGUAAUGAAACUUCACAACAUGUGCCUUGAGAUGAGGUUACCACAAGACCCUGAUGUGGAUGUUCAGAUUCCUGACCAGGUUCUGCUCCCACCCAACCCAGCACGAGUUGACCAGACUGGACAAGCAGUCAGACUACGUCUAAUACAGAGAUUUGACAAUUAAAUACUUAUUUGGU